AAAAGAAAAUAACAGAAAAAACACGCAAACAUAUCCAUUAGUGUCACAACGGUGCUUUCAGCAGCUCUUAUUACUAGAAAGGAAAGAAAGACCAGAAUUUUGUGACAAGGGUUUUAAGUGAGAGAGAGAGAGAUAGAGAGAGAGAGUCUGUUGUGUCAGGUGAAAAGAAAGGAGAAGAUGGAAAACACAGACGAGCUCGUGUCCAUUGAGCUACCAGCUCCUACUUCAUGGAAGAAACUGUUCUAUCCGAAGAGAGCAGGUACGCCGAGGAAGACAGAGAUUGUGUUCAUGGCUCCAACGGGUGAGGAGAUCAGCUCACGCAAGCAGCUUGAGCAGUACCUCAAGGCUCAUCCUGGGAACCCUCUCGUCUCUGAGUUUGAUUGGACGACUGGGGAAACUCCAAGGCGGUCGUCAAGGAUCAGCUAGAAGGUGAAGGCUACGACCCCCACUCCUGACAAAGAGCCUCUCUUGAAGAAGAGACGCUCUUCUCUCACUAAAAAGGAUAAUAAAGAGGCUGCUGAGAAGAACCAAGUGGCACAACAAGACAAGAACGGACAGACAGAAGAAGCAGAUGUUGCUGUUAAGGAGGGACUUGUUGAGGAGAACAAAGAUGGUGAAAAGUCUGAGGCUGAGAAGGAGAACAAGGAGGAAAACAAAGAGGGAGAAGUUGUGACUGACAAGAAGGAGCCCAUGGAACUGGAUUCCUCUGAGGUUGAGAAGAAAGCCGAGGCAGAGAACAAGGAGGGAGAAGUUGUGACUGACAAGAAAGAGCCCAUGGAAGUGGCUACCUCUGAGGUUGAAAAGAAGGCUGAGAGUGGAGGAAAAGAUGAAGAGACUCCCAAAGGUGAAGACCUAAAGGACACUGAGAUGAAAGAGGGUGAUGGAAAGAAGAAGCUUGCAGAGAAAGAGACUGAGAACAAGGGCAUCAUGGUCGCUGAAGCUAACGAAGGAGAGAAUGCGACUUCUGGUAAGCCUAACCUUGAUGCAGAGGCAGAUGCUAAUAAGGGAAAUGAAACCAAAGAAGCUGACGAGAACAAGACAGAUGGUGAGCCUAACCUUGAAGCUAAUCAGGGGAAUGGAACACACGAAGCUGCAGCAGCUGUAGCUGAGGAGAAAAGUAAUGACGUGAAGGCGGCGGAAGACACAAACAGAGGCUUAGAGGCGAAUCAAGUCCAACAGCAGCAGGGCGCUGCAGCAUCCGUGAGCUGUUAAAAACCUAUCGUUCUGUACUCUGUACAGAACGUGAAGAGUUUGUUGUUGUGGUCUGAUUCAGGUGUAGCAUUAACAUUUAUGAGUGGUGGUUGUUGUUGUACGUGCUGGUAGAACUAAUGUGUCUAUGUAGUUCAUUAUUAGAAGACUCUUAAACUUUUGUUCUGUGUAUUGUGUUGUUCUAUUGUACUUUUGGUAUGCUUUUAGUGUUAGGCAUUUAUCUA